AGACGCCUGGACACGCCUUCCUAAAAAUGAUUGGACGAGAGCUGUGAAUCCUCUGUACUGAUUUGUCCAUCCACCUGUCUGUCAAAUACUUCCUGUCAUUGUACUUCCUGGAUUCCUGAAUAAGUAACAUUGUAACAUCACCCAGUUGAUACCUUCACUGUCCAUGGUUUUCCUUUUUAGACGUCAUCGUCACCAUCGCCAGAACCAGGAUCAAUGGCUUUCAGAAAGGCAGUGAAAGGAACCCUAAUAGGGGGAGGAGCUGUAGCAACAGCCUUCGGCCUAUCACAGUUCUUCGAAUACAGGAAGAAUCGGGCUCGGCUGGUAUAUGUUGAAGCGCAGGGUGAGCUAAAGGUGCCGUUUAAAGAUGCUCUCCCAACAAGAGAGGAGCAGCUUUCAACACUGCGAAACACAGAGGAGUUUGAUGUUUUGGUGGUGGGCGGCGGAGCCACAGGCUCAGGAUGUGCCUUAGACGCUGUCACGCGGAAUCUGAAGACCGCCCUGGUAGAACGGAGCGAUUUUUCAUCAGGCACCAGCAGCAGAAGCACCAAGCUCAUUCACGGCGGAGUCCGCUAUCUGCAGAAAGCCAUCAUGAAACUAGAUUAUGAGCAGUACAUGAUGGUGAAAGAGGCCCUUCAUGAACGUGCCAAUCUGCUGAACAUCGCUCCCCACCUGUCUGCACCUUUACCUAUAAUGCUUCCUGUUUACAAGUGGUGGCAGCUGCCGUAUUACUGGGCUGGCAUUAAAAUGUACGACCUGGUUGCCGGAUCACAGUGUCUGAAGAGCAGCUACGUCCUGAGCAAGAGCAAAGCACUGGAGCUCUUCCCUAUGCUGAAGAAAGACAAACUCGUGGGAGCCAUUGUCUACUAUGAUGGACAACACAAUGAUGCCCGGAUGAACAUGGCCAUCACUCUUACAGCGGCCCGCCAUGGUGCUGCGAUUGCCAACUACACAGAGGUGGUUCAUCUGCUAAAGAAACCAGACCCAAAAACAGGCCAAGAGAAAGUUUGUGGAGCCCACUGCCGAGACAUAAUCACAGGGCAGGAGUUUGACAUUCGUGCCAAAUGUGUCAUUAACGCUACCGGCCCCUUCACUGACUCACUGCGCAAAAUGGACAGCCAGAAAACUGCCAACAUCUGCCAGCCUAGUGCAGGAGUGCACAUUGUAAUCCCUGGAUAUUACAGCCCAGACAACAUGGGGCUGUUAGACCCUGCCACCAGUGAUGGCCGUGUCAUAUUCUUCCUGCCCUGGGAGAAGAUGACUAUCGCCGGCACGACAGAUACACCCACUGAAGUCACCGCCCAUCCAAUCCCUGUGGAAGAUGACAUCAACUUUAUCCUGAGCGAAGUACGAAAUUACCUCAGCCCUGACGUAGAAGUGCGGCGAGGGGAUGUCCUGGCAGCCUGGAGUGGCAUUCGUCCGCUGGUCACCGACCCCAACUCCAAAAACACACAGUCCAUCUGUCGUAACCACAUCGUCAACAUCAGCGACAGCGGACUCGUCACCAUUGCUGGUGGGAAGUGGACAACCUAUCGUUCUAUGGCUGAGGAGACCCUUGACGCAGCCAUAAAGGCUCAUAAGCUCUCAGCUGGUCCCAGCAGGACAGUCGGUCUGAUGCUGGAUGGUGGGAAGGACUGGACCCCCACCCUGUACAUUCGCUUGGUUCAAGACUACGGCUUGGAAAACGAGGUUGCUCAGCACCUGGCAGCAACCUACGGAGGAAGAUCAUUUGAAGUGGCCAAAAUGGCCCAGGUGACAGGCAAGAGAUGGCCUAUAGUGGGUAAACGCCUUGUGUCCGAAUUUCCCUACAUAGAGAGUGAGGUGCAGUAUGCUAUAAAGGAGUAUGCGUGUACAGCCAUCGAUGUGAUUGCUCGCCGAACUCGCCUGGGCUUUCUGAACGUCCAGGCUGCGGAUGAGGCUCUGCCACGUAUCGUUGAGAUCAUGGGCAAAGAACUGCAGUGGACUGAACAAAAAAAGAGCGAAGAGCUGGAGGCAGCAAAGAAGUUCCUGCACCUGGAGAUGGGUUAUAAAGCUCGCUCUGAGCAGCUCAGCAAGACAACAGAGAUCUCACUCACUGCCCAAGAGAUAGCAAGGUAUAAGAAGCGCUUUUACAAAUUUGAUAAGGAGAGUAGAGGCUUUAUCACAACAGUGGAUGUCCAGCAAGUGCUAGAGAAACUCAGCAUUCAAAUUGAUGAGAAUGCCCUCCAUGAGAUCCUCAAUGAGGUGGACCUCAACAAAAACGGACAGGUGGAACUGGAUGAGUUCUUACAGCUCAUGAGUGCGGUCCAGAGAGGCCAAAUCUCUGACAGUCGUCUGGCUAUCCUGAUGAAGACGGCCGAGGAGGGGUUGGAUCUGAGAGGACCUGUCUCGGUUGACCGCAGCGGAGGCGGCGUUUGAAUCCCAACUACAAACCAAAACAUUCACCAGACAACGGCUCCCACCACAAAGUUGGAUAAACACCAAAAAGCGCUGCGCCCACGCUGGUCAGAUCGCAAGCACAUCCUCUCGAGUCAUUAUCUCACCCAACCAGCUGGCUGCCUUUGACUGCAAUUUUUUUUUUUUUUUACUUUUGUUUUAGCAUGCUUGUUUACAUUUA